AUGCAAGACAAAUGGCGCCAGAAGGUGGUCAAAGCCAUGGAUAACCCUCAAAAAGAAGGUCGCAAAGGGUACUUUAGACGAAUUGCUGGCAAAUAUGCCCUGUUCUUUCUCGCCUUCAUCACUGUGAGCCGCGAGGGAAUCGAGGCCGUGAACUUUGUUGCCGGGGUCUCUUUUUCUGCCCCCGCAACCGCGGUUCCUCUUCCCGUUAUUGUGGGUUUGAUUGCAGGUUGUAUUGUGGGGUGGCUUUUGUACAAAGGUGGCUUCUAUGCAAAACUGCAAUUUUUCCUGGUGAUAGCAACCUGUGUGAUGUACCUUGUGGCAUCAGGAAUCUUUGCCCGCUCCAUAUGGUACUUUGAGCAGUACCACUGGAACAGAAUGGAUCUUACGACAUUAGCCGGAGCGUCUGGCAUAUUAAUUCCUGAAGUUGAUGGCGGAGGUGGCUGGGGGAUCUUCAACGGAAUACUUGGGUGGACGAAUUCCGCAACCUACAGCACAGUCAUAUCUUAUAACCUCUACUCGCUUGCCGUUACCAUUGCGUUCAUUGCCAUGAGAUUUCACAAGAUCAACGGGCAUUGGCGUCUGAUGAGGCCGAAGACGCUGGCCGACUCCGCUUCUGGAGAAUCGCCCGAGUGGUGUAUCACGGGUGAUGAAGUCAACGACGUCAAAAAUGGCCUGGUUGAGGGCAAGGUGGAAUUGUAA